AUGGGAGCCUUUUUGGACAAGCCGAAUACCCGAAAAUCUUCCGAUUCGGGGAAGGGCAAUGAUAUUGCCUAUGGCGUCUCCAGCAUGCAAGGAUGGCGAAUGGAAAUGGAGGAUGCCCAUGUGGCCAAAACUUUACUUCCUGGAGAGCUGAAGACGUGGUGUUAUUUCGGCGUCUUUGAUGGUCAUGCCGGCUCCCGUGUCUCGGAGCUGUGUUCCAAGUAUCUUCUUGAUCAUAUCCUCUCCACAUCGAUUUUUAAGGAGUUAAUUGCUUCCACUGAGAAGCACGGUGCUAUUGAAGAAAUUAAGGAGGGCAUCGUUGCCGGGUUUAUGGCCUUCGAUGAGUUCAUCCUCAAGGACAGUCCUCAGGAGAAAUCGGGUUCCACAUCGGUUGUAGCAUUCGUCACACCGACGCACUAUUUCAUUGCCAACUGUGGUGACUCUCGGGGUGUUCUCAUCAAAAGUGGCAAGGUUGCAUUCAGCACUGAGGAUCAUAAACCCAUUAAUCCGAAAGAACACAGACGAAUCACCGACGCUGGUGGUCAUGUUAUCCUCUCUCGAGUCAAUGGCUCCCUUGCUGUUUCACGGUGA